AUGCAACUGGUGUUUGAAGAAGUAGAAGAUCAGAAGACUUGUUAUUCGUUCAGUGUUGUAUUUUCGCGCCAAAUAGUUGAAAGUGCCAUAAUUCUACUGCAAGCUUCUCAGUACGCUGAACUUAUUGUUGCCUUGUCGGACAAAAAGUUGCGGUUUUUUGAUGCUGAGAAGUUGGAGUGUUCAAACUUGCGGUCGACAAUGGAUGGAGUCUCCACUUUUUCCAUUGUUGAUAGCAACCUCUCGACUGAGCGACAUUCGAUCCUUGCUGUCUGCAACGAGAACCAUAUUCUUCAUGUCUAUAGAGUUCUAAAGUCACGUUUGGACUUGGUGAAUACUGUCAACCUCCCGUCUUUGGCACUUGCGGUGAGGUGUCUCGAUAGCUAUGCGAUUAUCGCGACCCAUACCAAAUAUUUGGGCGUUAAUCUUAAAACAAAAACAUAUAAUGAUAUAUUUGAUCGUAGUGGUAGUCGUGUUCAGCCACUGAUAGAGUCUGUGUCCAAGUCCCUAACACAAAUCCUUAGUAUUAACCAGCAAAAGCAGAUUCAGACGUUGGUUGUGGAGAACGUUUGUGCCGCGUGCAUUUCUUUAAACCGAAGCAUGAUCUUUGUGGUAUCGCAUGAUGCAGCCAGCGGCCCACGUAUUCGUGUCGUCCGACCAGAAACUUGGGACCUUGAGGCUAAGCGACUUAUUCUAGCUGGCUGCCUUUCCGACGUCUCUGAUCUUAUCCACAAAGAAUACGCAAAAUUGGUUGAUUUGUGCAACCACCGUCCUGCUACCAGUAGCGGAGCAAAAAAUAUAUUCAAUGCGCGAUCAAGGCGGGUUUAUACCUUGAUGGGUUUCUACUUAUUUGAAAUGGGUCAACUAACUCAAUCAAGGGGAUAUUUUGAAAAAUCUUCUCUGGAUAUCAGAGAGUUGCUGUGCCGUUAUGUGGAUUUGCUCCCCCGUAACUAUGAUUAUUCUGCUGAUCCGAAUUUGAACAUGACAGCACUUGACAAAGCGGUCACAGACACAUCGGGCGGUGGACUACCGCGCAACAUCUUCGAUUUGAGCGAAAUUUUGGGCAUUUCUGUCAACAAAUUCCGAAAAUUCCUCCUGGAUUUUCUACUUGAAAAUCGUCGUGGAAAAAUCUUUUGCAAACACAUCCAGGGGCAUCCAGAUGGGUGUGUUGGUGGAACUGGGUCCCGGGGUGUCCUCAUUUAUUGGGUGCUGGGAGUUAUUGUCGCUAUUGCCUCUUUGAACUCUUCCUACCCACGGGCGCCAAUACUCUAUAUCUGCUGUACAGAAGGCUUCGCCUCCACCGCCUAUGCAAAAUAUUUUGUCCUCAUGUACACAAGCAGCGAAAUCAGCUCUUUCGGCUAUGGCUGGCAUCAACUCCCACACACCCUCUCCGGGGGCAUAUCUUUCCACAGUGCUGCUGUAACCCAAUGCUACGACCGGUGUUGUCAUUCUGGUCGAGUUAUCUCCCCCCCCACCGAGAACGUACAGGUGGUCUUGGUAGCAAACUGCGCUGGCAUAGUAACGAGGCGUGGAGUAAGUCGGAACAAUGUGUCCGAGUUCUCCGACUGUACACUGAUCCAUGCCUCAAUCACAUCUACUACCUCUGAUUCAGAGCGGACAUUUAACCUGUCCGAGGCAAGAAGUAGUUCGAGUUCGGCGGCACUAAAGUGCUCAAAACCCUUUGCAAGUGGGCUUAAUGUUGUUGAGGCUGCAAUUCUAAAACUCUGUGUGCAGUUAGUCGAAAAUGGUUCCUGUAUCCGCGAUUUGGGCUAUGCGAGUUGGGAGGAGUUGGUUAGUUCCUUGUCGAACGUUGAUGUCGUAGACCUCUUGCUCUUUCUCGAAGAGCAUUGUGAACAUCAUGUCAAGGCAUUGUUGUACCGAUGGAAUGGCAACGUUGAGGCAGCUCUUGAUAUUUGGAGGAGUCUAGCACUUGAGACCACGACUGACGCAAAUUUCCCUGGUCCAGGGUUUUUUACGGAUGCGCUGUUCACUACUUUGACAUCGCCAGACGCGUAUAACAAUGGCGUCUCCUCUUUUCCUCACUACCACACGGUAUCAGAGGGUGUUGUCACUGAACCUGCCUUAAUAGGCAGCACUGUGUAUGCAGAACUUGUUGCGCGUCACCUACAGGAUCUCCUAUAUGUUGAUGGGGAGCUCGCUUUGGAUCUGGCGAAUGGUCUGUUGCAACGCCUUGCCUGUAUCACUGAGUGGAUUGAUGCUGGUGUCUCCGCUACCACUACCAAUGAUAAGGGCCCCACUUUCGUAUUCGCGCCCACCAGUCUUCUCAAGUGUCUCCUCCCGCGACACCCCAGUUUAGCGGAAAACUACCUUUGGUGUCGGAUCUUCAAAGCUGGUGAUAAGGAGCCUUCAAGGCAUACACUCCUCGCUGAGUUGCAGAUGGAACUCCUUCUCAAGUAUGCCGAAGCCAACGAUGUCGAACACCUUGAGAAACAAAGACGCCGCUUCCAAUGGACUCUUUCUCAGUUAGAUGACUGUCAAACGGACAAACUUCUGGAUACUUUAAAGUCAUCGCCUUUGGCCUUCCACUUCACAGAGGAAUACGUUACUCUUUUGGGCAAACUUAAGAAAUACAGUGAAGCAUUGAAGUUUCUUUUGCUGGAAAAGCGUGAUCUCAAUGCUUGUCUGCGAUUUUGCUCAUGGUGUGCUAAAUUAGAGGCACGGGAGAAGGUAGCCGAGCAAAGUGCUCUUUGGUGUCACAAAAGUACCAAUGCUUCUAAGAUCUCCUUUCAUCCACCGACUCCGCACGUAUAUACCGUUCUAGUGAAACUCCUUAUCUGCAGCUCGGACAAGCUCCUAUCCGGGGAAUUAAAAAAACUGUUGAAGGAGGAUAUUCCAAACCUCGAUUUUGCGGAGAUCUGCAAAAACCUCCCCGAGGAUUGGCCUCUCGAUAAUACCACUUCCACAUUCCUGACACGUGCGAUCAGAUCGACACUGACACGAGUGUCAACUUCUAACAUGGAGGUAGGUUUGGUUAGUCGCCUUGCUUCUGCAUCACGAACAGAGGCAGUGGCCUCCGUCUCACACGGUCUCCUUGUAACCGAGACAUCAAUCUGCGCCCAUUGCCAUCUUCCCCUAAACGCUUACGGCUCUCACCGGCCCUUCGCUUGGAUCCUCACUCUAGGUCAUUCUCCUUCUAAUGUUGUUCACCUGCACUGCCUCCAAGCGGACAACAUACUAUGA